AUGCAAGAGCAGCAAUACCAACUUCACCACAUUCCAUUGAUGCAAUCAAGAACAUGUGGAGAGUCCAAGAGAGGAGAAGAUGAUUGGGCACUUGUAACCUUUGUUGGAGAACAAAAUCAAGACCCAAGAAAGUGUAAGAAGGCAAUGGAGAAGGUGAACAUCGAGCCAUGUGUGAAGAUGGACACCCAAACCCUUGAUCUUCUCAAGAUAAGAGAUGAUGUCACAUGGUACAUAAGGAAGCUAGGCUUGAGCAAGCUCUUCAAGCUAGAAUGUAGUGAGUACUCACAACUCACCAAGGAGUUCCUCUCCACAGUAGCUCUUGCCUUUCCCAACCACAAUGGAGACCAACCAGCUGCACAUGACUUCAAGGAGAACUCAAAGAGGAAACAAGCUGCCUUUGCUGAUUGGACACACUUUGCCAAUGAACCAUUCUUGCCUUCAAGGUCAAAGGUGUCUAGAAUCACUCAUCCAGCCAUUCGCUAUGUGCACCGCCUCAUCUCCACCACUUUCCAAUGCAAACAAGAAGCCAACAAGGUCACAACUGAUGAGUUCUACAUCCUCACCACACCAUUCAUCAAGCAUGAGUACAAGGCCAACCUUGGACUUUUACUUGCCAAGACAUUCAUCAAUGUGAGGAAGCUAGCUCAAGACUUGGAAGGCAACAAGAAGCUUUGUGUUCGUUUUGGGAGGCUUAUCACGGCCAUAGUACUGCAUGUGGGGAUUGACAUUCCCAACUAUGAGCCACUACCCAAGCCAACCCCUUUGGAUCUCCAUGCUCUUCAGCACAUCCACUUCCUAAACCGUUGGACUAAAGACCCAACUCGGUUUUGCUAUGAGUUUCCAAUUGGUCCAGCCAACACUUCCCUUGUCUUGCUGCCACAUGAGACAUCCCAAGCCUACGCUCAGGAGUUGUCACUUUCCAGCCCAAUGAGGAAGAGUUCUAUGUUCCAUCAAGUGAGAAACCAUCAUUCCCCAUGCUCACCUAUCGCACACUUCAGCAUGCAGUCAAGACUCAACGCCGCAUCCAAGAACGCCAUGUUCUCACUACUGGCAUGGCUGCGCACCAAGCUCUAG